ACACUUAUCUACUAAUUUUUUUAUGUGAAACAUAUGCUUCGAAAUCCAAACACGAAAGAUGUAAUUUAGAACACCACAAUUAAGCAGGAAACUCCAUAAAAUCCCCACAUUCCAUCUUACGACAAUUAAACGUAUGCAUUCCAGGUUUGAAUAUAAGAAAAUAGUUUUGCAAAAAAAGAAUAUAAGAAAACAGUAGCUAAGCAAAUCUUACUUUCUAUUUGAAUACAAGAAUUUUAUGGCAACACUGCACCGAAACAAACCCCUGAAGUGAGCGGAGCACUAGAGCAGCCCUCGUUCCCCUCUCCGUCUUUUCAGAGUUCAAACCAGCACGACACCGAAGUCACCGAGUAGCUUGCCAAGCCAAAUCUACUGCCGAACACCACACCAGUCAUCAGGCACCCACCCACUAAUACCAGCGGCCGUAAAUUUCGACCUGCUGCGGAGGCUCGGCUCCACCACCCUUCUCCCCCUCCUCCUCCUAGGGUUUCGUCUAGGCGCGCCGCGUCGCCAUUGCCGUGGGUCGUGUUCCGCCGCUCGCGGAACCCGAAUCGAGCCUCUCGGGAGCUGUUUGUACUGAUUCCCGCGAGGUUUUGUGACUAGGCCUUCGGAUGGGAAGGUUUGGACGUUUGUGGGGUUUGGAUCGAGGGCUCUGAGCUGUCUGUCCGCAAUGCCGGGGCGGUCGGGCGACGAUUGCUAGGGUUUCGCUGGUGGAUUUCGCGGGGAGAGCCGGGGGUUGCUUGAAGUGCGGGAGCUGGCUGCAAUACGGCGCUUGCGUUGGCCCGAAUUCGGUGUUUCCGCAGCAAUGACUCGUCGAUUUGGUCUCGCUCUGAGGUUGUGAAAGGGGAGGGGUUUUCGGGACGUUUGUGAGAAAUCGGGUGUUUUCGGUUGCCUGCAAUGUCCGGGGCUAGCGCGAGGGGGCGGCUGUCGCCGGCGGCCGGCGGUGGUGACUCCGAGCCGCGGUCCGCGGGGAGCAGGACGCGUUCGGUGUCUGCUACUCGCGGUCGGAAGCCCUCGCCGAGGCCCGGGAGGGAUGUAGCCGCGGCAGCAACAGCGGAGGAGAAGAAGCCGGCUGCUGUGCCCACAUUGUUGCCCUCUCUCAGCGCGCCGGCGGGGAUGCGUCGGCAGGAGCUGCUGCUGCGCUCGGGUCUGUCUCUUGACGCGUCGUGCUCGUCGGACGCGUCGACGGACUCGUUCUGCAGCCGGGCGUCCACGGGGCGGAUUGGCAGGCCGGCGUUUGGAGCUAGGAAGAAGAAGACCGUCUCUCAUACUGAUUAUAAGGCUGUUUCCAUGCUGGAAAGGGAGAGUGGAUUGGCUUCUCCGAUUGAUGCCGCUGGUGUGAAGAGGAGGUGCGCUUGGGUGACAGCAAAUACUGAUCCCUGUUAUGCUGCAUUUCAUGAUGAAGAGUGGGGAGUUCCCGUUCAUGAUGACAAAAAGUUGUUUGAGUUGCUGGUGCUCUCCGGCGCAUUAGCUGAACUAACAUGGCCAGCAAUUCUGAACAAAAGACCUAUAUUCAGGGAAGUUUUCAUGGAUUUUGACCCUUUAUUGGUCUCGAAAUUAAGUGAGAAGAAGAUUAUUGCUCCUGGAAGUCCUAGCAGCUCCCUGUUAUCUGAACAGAAACUCCGGGGAGUUAUUGAAAAUGCACGCCAAAUACUCAAGAUUGUAGGGGAGUUUGGAUCAUUUGAUAAAUAUUGUUGGAGCUUUGUGAACCACAAACCUAUUUUGAGCAGAUUCAGGUAUCCUCGUCAAGUGUCUGCCAAGACAUCUAAAGCAGAUGCCAUAAGCAAAGAUCUGGUUCGAAGGGGUUUCCGCAGCGUUGGUCCAACAGUGGUCUAUACCUUUAUGCAAGUCUCUGGCAUGACCAACGACCACCUUAUCUCCUGUUACCGGUUUGCUGAAUGCGCAGCUGCCGCCACUGGUGCUAAACCUACUGAUGAGAGAGAAGCAAAUUCAAGCGGUAGCAACCAUGCAACGGAACAGAAGAUGAAUGGGACGAAUGGACUGGCUGCUGAUCUAGAACUCUCCAGAUCUAUAGAUGAGCUCAGCAUUUCAUAGCGAUUAGGAGGGACGCUGAGGUGAGGUGUUAGCAUUGUGUAUUUUGUGUGCUGUAGUGUAGUUGUGAUUCGACGUUCUUUCUAUAGUUUACCACUCGUCAAUGUAGGGUAGAACAAUCUUAGUCUUCAGCAUGUCAAGACGAUUGAACGACAGCGUGUAAUGAUGUAUAUUCUUUGUGAUGCGAGUGCACCUGUUUUCCAAAAUUUUACUUGAGCUGGCAUGUCGGUCCA